AUGGCGGCAACUGCAGCCCCUCACAUACCACGCCGCCUCUUCAUUACCGAUAGUGUUCUCCAACUUCAGUUCCUUAUUGAUACAGGGGCAGACCUGAGUGUGCUUCCACGUAAAAUCUGCACUGCGACUCGGCCCAGCACUGUAUGCCUAUAUUCUGCCACCGGAUCGUGCAUCCAAACGUAUGGGCAGAGACAACUUUCAUUAAACCUUGGUCUAGACCAACCUGUAACAUGGACUUUUGUAGUCGCAGAUGUCACCACACCCAUACUAGGAGCCGAUUUUCUUACACAUUAUGGCAUUAGUGUUGACAUGAGAAACAAACGACUAGUAAGCUCAAAUAUGUCAAGCAGUAUUACCUGUGUGUCUCGUCGUGUUAAAGUACCAGAAGUAGGCCUAUCCACUGCCCAUCCUUACGAUCGUCCGGCAGCCACUAUACCAGAGGAUACUGAAAGGGUCCAGCACUAUAUUGAGACUCGAGAGUGUUUAAGAGGAGUGCUGGAAGAGCUUGAGGAAAAAGAUAAUAAAAAGAUAAUACGGCCAAUCACCAGUGGGAAGCCAACAGAAAUAUUGUGGUACGACUGGGAGACGAAGUGA